AAUCACUUAAAUCAAUUCCAAUUUUAAAAUUUCGUUCUUCACGUGUGGCGCAGUUUCGAAAUAUUGUCGCAUGAUUAAUGAUUUGUGAAUAAAAUUCAAUGUUCGAAUUUUUUAUGAUGUCAUCACUGUAAAUUAUUUUCAACUUCUCUCACACUUGUAAAUUGAGUAGUUCGCAAUCGAAAAAGGUUCAUUUUAACCAAAACGAGAUUUUUUUAUACUAAAAUAAUAAAAAAAACUAAUCUUAUCUCGACUUAUUGAAAAGUACUUGUCAAAUUAAAUCUUUUAUUUACUUUUAAAGUUGACUAAUUUUUCACUGUAAUUUUGUAAUAUGGAAGAUACUUUUCGUCAAGCUUUUAUUCAAAUCGUACAAGGAAGAAAACCUUUGAACAGUCUUGAUCAGCUUUUUUCAAACACACAAAGUCUCUCUGAGACAGACAAAGACAUAAUACUGGAUACCAUCUGGUAUAUCGAAUCUACUUUUCAGGAUGACUUAAAUACUGAAUACCGAACAAAACUCGCAAGUAUUGUAAAAUAUAUUUUUUCAAAGAAAAUAAUUGAUAUAAAACAAUUCAAGACUAGACUUGAGGUUUCUUUACUUGCUGCAACUGGUCUCGUUGACGAGAAGAUAUUCAACCGGAGACUUGUACGAAUUAACACAUCUAUGUUAUAUAAACAACAAAAGUAUAAUCUGUUAAGGGAAGAGAAUGAAGGAUAUGCAAAGUUAAUAUGUGAACUAGCUCAGCACUGUGAUCCAGAGUACAUAGCCGAGACUGAAGCGGCGUUAAAUGAACGAGCAAAUAGUCUCCUUGAACAAAUUAAAAUGUUAAUAGGGUACUUUCAUCUUGAUCCAAAUAGGGUCUUAGAUUUGAUUCUCGACGUAUUUGUAGUUAAUGUUAGAGAGCACCACGAAUUCUUUUUACGUUUAUUGGAGAUUUCUCCGUGGAAACCUGAGCCUCCACAAAUUUCUAAUGGAAAUAAUCAUGAUCAAUCAUUCAUGUGGGAAAAUGAUUUAGGAAAUCCUUCUUGUGCUCAGCUACUUGGAACUAAAUAUCAAAGAUAUGAAGGUGAUGACAUGAUACCAAACGUGUUCGAAUCCCUUUAUGAAGUAUCCGCUCUCUUAAUACACCGAGGACUUGUUAGUGUUGGCGAUCUUCAUCCGCAUAUUAUGGUUGAUGAAAUAACCGAAGAAAUGGAAUGGAAAAAUCUGUUGGAGGUUCAGCAUAGACAUGAACUUGGACUUGCCUGUGCUCUUCUUAGCAUUGGUGAUUUAUAUCACGCUCGAUAUUAUAUUUAUCAGUUACCUCACAUACAUCCGGAAAUAGCUCAUAAAGUUUGUGAAUUACUACAUAUAUCUAUUGAACCAAUUUAUGCCCCAAUAGCUCCGAAUAUCUUAGGAUCAAGAAAGUCUCCAACUUUCCCUGGAUCUUGGUACCAUCGUUGGAGUGACAGCAUACCAAUGUUUAACACUAUUGGUGAACUAAUUCUUGAAGAAGGUCGAGAAUUGUUAAAUCUCGUGUCACCCUUCUUUAAUGACGAUAUCAUAUUGUUCACUAAAAUCCUAAGGCUCGCUCUUAGGCAUCUCACGAUUUCAAGGUCAACCCCUAAUAUUUAUCAAGUGGAAACAGCUUGGCUUGAUAUCAUAAGAUCUGUAAUUUUACCAAGCAUAUCAAUGUGUGAGACGAACCCAGGAGUAAUUACUGAUUUUUGGGAUGUGUUGUGUCAUUAUCCAUACGAAAUAAGGUACGGGAUUUACGGAGAAUGGAAGAGUGAGAGUUACAAUUUGCAUCCAACUUUAAAAGAUUUAAAGACUAAUAUAAUUAGGAAAGCAAGAGGCAUAAUGAAAAGGAUCACUGAUGACAAUUAUCGUCAGAAAGGUCGUGAAAUUUCAAAAUUGGCUACGGGAAACCCUGCCAUUGUUUAUUCAAUAGCUUUAGACCAGGUUCAACGUUAUCCAAAUAUGAUAACUCCUGUGGUCGAAGCUUGUAGAUAUCUGAGCGAUUUUGCUUAUGAUGUCUUGAGUUAUCUUAUGCUUGAAAUUUUAGCUAGCGAUAAGCCUAGGAUUAAAGAUGAUGGAAUCAAUAUGGUUGAUUGGUUACAAAAUAUCUCUUUAUUUUGUGGACAGAUCUGUCGGAAAUAUGAACCAAUCGAUCUCAGAAGUAUUUUACAAUAUGUUAUUAAUCAACUUCAACUUGAUAACGAUGUCGAUUUAUGUGUUAUAUCACAACUUAUUACCAAUUUGUCUGGUAUCGAGCUAUCUGUUAUACCAUCUGAAAGUGAUGUAUUGCUAAUGAGCGGAUUCGAUACUCUCAGAAAGUCAAGAUUAUAUAACAUCAAUCUUAACAAAAAUGUACGGCGUAGUUCGGCAAGGUUGGCUAAAACUAUUAUAGAUACUGGUUUCUUGACACCGCUCGCCUUUUAUAUAGCACAGAUGUGUCAGAAAAUUCCAUUCCCUAUUUCAGAUGGAAAUAACAUACUUACGAUAUCAACAUCAUCUGAUCUCAAACAAUUAGGUGCAAAAUUGGACACAGUUCGUAACACUUAUGUCCAAUAUAUGGAAUUUCUUGCCCUCAACGUUGAUAUGAAAGAACAUCAUAAGAUGAUUCCAGAUAUAAUCGAAUUGUGUAAUAAAUACGUAGUUCAACCGGAAUAUACGUUCAUGCUAUUACGUCCUAAAUUAAAUUAUUUAAUCAAAUCACAAUAUGAGACGACAAUGGAUGUUGAUAACGACAAUAUUUGGCAACCUGCUUUACGCGAUGUAAUCGAGCAAGUACAGCAGAUACAUCCACCGCAUGUAUGGAAUGGGAUAAGCCCAGAGUUUUAUACGACUUUUUGGCAGCUCUCAUUGUAUGAUCUUCAAUUUCCGGCUCAAGAAUAUCAAAAGGCUAUAAGCGAAACUCGUGGAUUACUUAAGUUUGCUGAAGACAAGAAAAGGCCGCAAGAUAUUAAGAAGUAUACGGCUAUCCUUAACGCACUUGAAGAUGAAUAUAGACAACACCCUGAACAUAAUUCACGUAUUCGACAAAGAUUAAUGAAGGAGAAAGAUCAUUGGUUUUCUGGCCAAUUCUCAAAUCGCCAAGAUAUCAUUACACAGUUCUGGCAAUAUUGUCUUUUCCCACGACUGAUUAUGUCUGCAGAUAAUGCAGUUUUUUGUGCAAAAUUUAUUGAAGUGAUGCACGAAAUUGGUACAGCGAAUUUUUCAACGCUUACACUUUAUGAUAGAGUGUUUGCAGAUCAAGUGCAGCUGCUUACAUUUACAUGUACAGAAGCUGAAGCUCGUAAUUAUGGACGCUUUUUACAAACCUGUUUAAAAUCUCUUAGCGUUCUUCAUAAGGAUUCCAAUGCAUACGAAGAAAGAGGCAAAGGAAGAGGAAUACCCGGUUUCCAAAUGAAAUGGAGCGCUUUAAAUAGACAACCUUCAAGUAUUGCUGAAACUGAUUUAUUGCAAUAUGAAGACUUUAGACGUGUUUAUUAUAAAUGGCACUCAAAACUUCUCAAGGCUUUUGAACAAGGUCUUCUUGCAAUCGAAUAUAUUUCGGUACGAAAUACUAUAAUAGUUCUGAGCGAAAUAGUUCAAUACUUUCCUGCCAUUGAAACUAUGGGUAAGAAAGUUGAGUCAUUUGUAAAGAAUAUAGCAGACAAUGAAAAAAGAUCAGAUAUCAAGGUAUUAGCAUUAAGUUAUUUGGGCAAAUUAAGGAGUAUGAAAAAGUCAUGGAUUCCCUAUAAGCAAUUUCAAACUCCCAAACAACAAACAACUUCAAACGGUUCGAAUUCUGCUACUAAUCAAAAUGAUUCAGCUCUCAAAAAUGUUACUUCAGCUGUACAACAAAAUAAAGCUACCGUGCAACCUGACCGCCCAUCAACUCCACAACCUUAUCGUAUCAAUCCUCUUUCGAAUGUUCGUGAUGAUCAUCAAUCCCCACGUGCAACAGCUAGAACCAAUAGUCCAAGGAGACAAAUUCAUCCAUUACCUGAUAAACCGAUGGAAAUAAGAAAUCCUAUAGAUGUUAGAAAUCAGCUGCGUGAAAAAGAACGAGAAAAGGAACGUGAAAGAGAACGAGAACGUAUUAUGAAAGACAAAAAAGACAUCCACAAUGAACGCGAAAAAGAUAAGAUGGGCAAAAAAAUGGAGCACGAACGCGAAAGAGAAAUCAAAAAAUUUGAUCAUCACGAACGAGAAAAAAUGGGAAGGGAAAGAAACAAAAUUCCGGAUAUGCCUCCUCGUGGCGGAGAAAUUGAAAAAAAGGAUGUCCGAAAACCAAGUAAAGAAAGACAGCCUGGUGAUGAGCGAAUGAAAAGAAUGGAUCAUCAUCCACGUGGUAAAGACAGAGAAUUAAGAGAUCGCGAUGAGAGAAUGAAAGAAAAAGAACGAAAAGAACGAGAAGAACGUCGCGAAGAUAAAGAAAGACGGGAGGAAAAACGUGAAGAUAAACGCGAUAAAGGAAAGGAGAAAGAACGAGAACGGAGCAGAGAAACAGAAAGAGGACGUGAACGUAGUAACCGCGAUGAAGACCGUCGCGAAAGAGAAGUAGAACGUGAUCGCCAUCGCAACGGACGGCGCCAUAUUGAUGACGUGUCAAGAAGGGGCCAAAUGCGCGACGAGCGCGAGCGUCUCCUUGUGCCAGGAAAGAAAAGAGAUCGGUCCGAUCAUGAUCGGGAUGAAGAACCCGAUUCAAAGAAGCGAUUGAUCGAGCGUCCGGGGGAGAGAAUUGUGGAGCGGAUCCAACCCGAAGUUCUUGCCCCUGCAUCCCGGCCACCAAUAAAAAUCAAUCGGGCAGUGCCUUCUCAUCUCUCGGAUUUGUUGGUGCCCGAUGGUCAUUAUAAUCCGGGAAUAAGCAAAAAGCCUGGUGGAGGCGGCGACAAGCACCGAAGGAGAAAUUAUUAGUGGACUUAAAAAAAAAAAAUUAAAAAUAAAAAUAAAAAUAAAAAUAUUCUUAAAUUAAUUAGCAUCUAUAUUCAUAUUAUUAAUAAUAAUGAUAAAAUAAAAUUAAUAAUGUACUGUAAAUAGCAAAUAGAAAUAAAAAUUUUAAUAAAGUGUAAAUUUUGUCAUAUGACUCUUACAAUUCAAAAAUGGUAAUGUGGUUGGACGUAUAAAUUGACGCACCUAUACCUGGGAAG